UAUCCUGUUUGCAGUAACGGGCUGCACAUAUGGGACUAUGAACGAGGUCCCCCAUGAGCGGCAAGUCUUUGUCUUUAGGAGGAGGAGGAGGAGAAGGAGGAGGAGGUCGUGCCCCAGGCUGGAGGAUUUGCUCUGUAUGCUGCGAGAACUCAGCCCUUUGGGUGGGCUUCUGAAGAAUGCUUGCCUGUUUGGCCCGGGGAAAUUUAUUGGAUAUUCUGCAUGAGGGCUUCACGGAGCAACAACUGCAGGCAUAUGUGGCCUGGGUGAAUUCACAGCUGAAAAAGAAGCCAGCAGUUAAGCCAGUGCGGGACCUGAGGCAGGAUCUCCGAGAUGGGGUUGUCCUGGCUUCUCUCAUCGAGAUUGUAGCGGGUGAACAGCUGAGUGGCGUGCAGGUCAGUCCCACCAGCCAACAGGAAAUGAAGGAGAAUGUGGAGAAAGUCUUGCAAUUUGUGGCGUCCAAAAAGAUCCGUAUGCACCAGACAUCGGCUAAAGACAUCGUCGACGGGAACCUGAAAUGCAUCAUGAGGUUAAUCCUUGCCUUAGCUGCUCAUUUUAAACCCGGCUCAAGCAAAACGGCCAAUCAGGCCCCAUGUAGCGCGAUGGGGAAGACCUCAGUGGGAACAGGAUUGUCAUCAGCCAAUCACAGGCCUCAUUCAGCUGCUGCUGUUGCCCAGGGUGCAAUGGCUGCCUUGGCAGAUGUUCGUCAGGAUGUCUCGCGCUUGGGACGUGACGUUUUCCGGCACAGACGGAGAGACAGCAGCCUGGAUGAAGAGAUUGAGCAUCCGUACUGGAGUGUCCGAGCGCUGGUACAGCAAUACGAGGGACAGCAAAGUGUGCCUUCGGAGUCCCACUCCUCCAGCCUCACAUCACCUAGCCCGAUAAACAGUGCAAAGAGUGAGUCCAGUGCUACACCUUCAGAGGAGAAGGCAGGAUUUGACAUUGUUCGUGAAGAAGAAGUGGACACCAGAACAGAAGAGACCGGCUCUCUCUUUCCCUCUGAGUGGCAGGCAAGGUGCCCGGCGGUAAGCUUGGAGACUUCAUGGGAAGAUCAGCUUCUGGAACAACAAGAUCACUUAGAAAAGGAAAUGGAAGAAGCAAAGAAGAUGAUCUCAGGAUUGCAGGCCUUGCUGCUCAACGGGUCGUUACCUGAGGAUGAGCAAGAGAGAUCGUUUGUGCUUUGUGAACAGGAGGCCUGCCCCGAAGAGCAGCUGAUCAUAAUCCGAGGUCGACUGGACCAGAGCAUGGAGGAGAAUCAGGAGCUAAAGAAGGAGUUGCAGAAGCACAAACAAGAAGCUCGAAACCUGCAGGGAGUAAAGGAUGCCUUGCAGCAACGGCUGGCCCAGCAGGAUGCUGUGAUUCUUCAGAUAAAGCAAGAGUUGCUGAGAACCAGCAUGGACAAGGAAGAACUGCAUAGCCAAAACGCCGAUCUACAGAGGAAGGUGGAAGAGAGGAAUCGACUCCUGGCAGAAUACAAAAAGGAGCUGGGCCAGAAGGAUCGGCACUUACACCAGCACCAGGCCAAGAUGGAGGAAAUGCUGCGGCAGCUCUCCGAGGCCAGCUAUCAGCAGGCAGAGCUGGAGCGGGAGCUGGAGCACAAAGAAGCCCUCCUGGCUCAGUGCAUGAAGAAGGAUGCAGAGGAGGUGAUCGUCUACAGCAACCAUGGCUCCCAGAGCAACGGCUUCCUCCAGACAUCAGGGAAAGGAGCCGCUUCCGCAGCACACAGAGGGACCAACGACCUGCAGCUGGUGCGCGAGGCCCUGCGCAGCCUGCGGAACAGCUUCAGUGGCCACGACCCCCAGCACCACACCAUCGACAGCCUGGAGCAGGGCAUCUCCAGCUUGAUGGAGAGGCUGCACCGCAUGGAGAUGCAGAAGAGGCAGGAGAGGAGGGUCCGAGGGAAGUCGCCUGCCAGCCACGCAACGAGCGAUCACCGAGAAUCCUGGCCCUCCAACUCCAAACUGCCUCAUUCUCACAGCACCCCUGCGAUGAGCAGCAGUGCCUGCUGCACCAAAGUGCUCUACUUCACGGAUCGCUCCCUCACACCUUUCAUGGUCAACAUACCAAAGAGGUUAGGUGAGGUGACCCUGAGGGAUUUUAAAGCAGCUAUUGAUCGGGAAGGAACACACCGGUACCACUUCAAAGCCCUGGAUCCAGAAUUCGGGACAGUCAAGGAGGAGGUUUUCCAUGACGACGACAUCAUACCUGGGUGGGAGGGGAAGAUCGUGGCAUGGGUGGAGGAGGACCAUGGGGAGAACUAAUUGGACACCUGAACUCUCUUUACCCUGAAGAUCUGCUACCGCCUGCAGCACUUGCCAGAAACUGACCAAAAAGCGUGUGAACUGAGAUGCAUCUGACCCCAACUGCCAAAAUAAAAGAAUGGGCUUCUCUGCAAAAUGACGGUUUUGACGUUUUGCCACAUGCAAGGAUGUCUGGCACUUGAGUUCCACGGCCAAAAGUUGUGAAGUUCAAAAGUCCCAUAUUGUGGGGAACAAACCACCUCUCUUUAUUCAGUCGAUGUUGGCCUUAAUUAUGUGUUUUCCCCUCCCUCUCAAUCCCUCCGCUGACGGUAAUCUAGAGAACUUUCAUUGGUGGCAUACAGUAUUACAAGAAACCUUGCACUUGCGGCUAAAGCUAGAUACUGUGACCUCCAGAGACAGGCAGAGCUGUUGCAGCUACAUUCUCCGUAUCAGGAGCUCUCGCCAACCUAUCAUUCCAGAUGACUCUGUGCUCCACACACUUCCCUGCAGCAAAGUCCUCUCAGUUUUGUCAGCAUCAGGAACCAACAGAACCUUCUGGAGAAAGACAAGCAGCUUGGAACAUGGUCCAGGUCAAAGAUUCUCAACUUGGCAGCAUCAGGGCAGGAUAGUGGCUUCUGCCUGUCCUGAAAAUCUUGAGACUUGGAACAAUUUUUGUUUUUGUGUCAGCAAAGAAGGCCACAGAAAGUUCUGCGUCUCUGCUUUUGACCUUUAUUUCUCUAGGGUUCUUGUAACAGAACAGUGACCCAUCUGUGCAUCUGCCCCCCUGGAUGCUCUUUGAUAAACUGUGUCUCCCCCCCCCGCCCCCAA